AGAACGACGGUAAAUUCUCGGUACCUUCCAGUGGUAUCUUCCCAAUCCGCGCGUUGCUUAGCAGGAAGCGGCCAUCGAUAGUUUUCUAUUGACAAAUCGCAUCAGGAAAAUAAGUGAAAGUCGAUGGUUGUCCGUUCUUUCUAUCUUUCAUCCGACACCUUCCAGUUCUCAUAGAUAGCAUCCUAGCAAAUCCCCGACGGUGACUGGAGAGUUAAAACGCUGAAAACGCGUAGCCUAAGCAACUACAAUUUUCUUUCGUUCGAAUUCAGUCACUUUUUGUGCGAACAGUUUGAGCUACUCUCGUUCAACAUCAGUCGCGCGCUUUCGUAAUUCCUCUCCUCAACUGACAUUUCCUGUUUUAAAUAUAGUUUAUCUGGAUUUUUUCCUACUUUUUUCCCCCACUGGCGUUGCCAACGCAACACAGAUAGCCUGUCUCUGAACGCAGUCGUUCUUCGAAAAAACCUCCUGUGGCACUGAGACACAUUGGUCUACGCUUUCUCCCCUGUCUAGAUAGUCUCCACCCAAGACCAACAAUAUGUUGGACCCAUCUUCCAGUGAAGAGGAAGCGGAUGAGAUAGUGGAAGAAGAAGGCAAAGAGGUGAUGGCACCAAAGACCGGGGGAGCACGGGUGUCACCCAGCCGGACCACCGACAGUUCUGGUGGGCUCCAGCCCUCGAGCCGGGGAAGCAGCGCUUGUGCGUCCAACCCCAGCCCCUCGGCGGCCAGCGAGAAGGAGAAAGAUGAUCUGGAAAAGAUGCAGAGGGAGGAGGAAGAGCGAAAGAAGAGGCUCCAGCUCUAUGUCUUUGUGAUGCGCUGCAUUGCCUAUCCUUUUAAUGCCAAGCAACCCACCGACAUGGCAAGACGACAACAGAAGAUCAGUAAGCAGCAGUUACAGACGGUGAAGGAGCGUUUCCAGGCUUUCCUCAGUGGUGACACCCAGAUAGUGGCAGACGAGGCCUUCAUCAAUGCAGUCCAGAGCUACUAUGAUAUAUUCCUGAAGAGUGACCGUGUGUCCCGGAUGGUCCAGAGCGGAGGCUGCUCGGCCAGUGACUCGCGGGAGGUUUUCAAGAAGCACAUUGAGAAGCGUGUCCGUAGCCUGCCGGAGAUCGACGGCCUAAGUAAGGAGACAGUGCUCAGCUCCUGGAUGGCCAAGUUUGACACAAUCUACCGCGGAGAGGAUGACCCCAGGAAGCACCAGCAGCGGAUGACAGCCAGUGCAGCCUCAGAGCUCAUCCUCAGUAAGGACCAGCUCUACGAGAUGUUCCAGUCCAUCCUGGGCAUCAAGAAAUUUGAGCACCAGCUCCUCUACAACGCCUGUCAGCUUGAUAACCCAGACGAGCAGGCUGCACAGAUCAGGAGAGAACUGGACGGACGACUGCAGAUGGCUGAUCAGAUCGCCAGGGGCGGCAAGUUUCCCAAGUUUGUGUCCAAAGAGAUGGAGGCCAUGUUCAUAGAGGAGCUGAGAUCCUCAGUGAACCUGCUGAUGGCUAACCUGGAGAGCAUGCCCGUGUCCAAGGGAGGAGAGUUCAAACUGCAGAAGCUCAAACGAGGGCACAACACCUCCAUCAUAGACAUGGGCCAGGAGGACGAGAACACGCUGUCCAAGUCUGACGUGGUGCUCUCCUUCACUCUGGAGGUGGUGAUUGUGGAGGUUCAGGGGUUAAAGUCGCUGGCGCCCAAUAGGAUCGUCUACUGCACCAUGGAGGUGGAGGGGGGGCAUAAGCUCCAGACUGACCAGGCCGAGGCGUCCAAACCAACCUGGGGGACCCAGGGGGACUUCACCACCACACACCCCCUGCCUGCUGUCAAGGUGAAGUUGUUCACUGAGAGCACAGGAGUCCUGGCCCUGGAGGACAAAGAGCUUGGCAGGGUGGUACUCCAUCCGACCCCUAACAGUCCCAAACAGUCCGAACUACACAAGAUGUCCUUGUCCAAAGGCUGCCCUGACAGUGACCUGAAGAUCAAACUGGCCAUCCGCAUGGACAAGCCACAAAACAUGAAGCACUGUGGGUACCUAUGGGCUAUUGGUAAAAAUGUGUGGAAGAGAUGGAAGAAGAGAUUCUUUGUCUUGGUGCAGGUGAGCCAGUACACCUUUGCCAUGUGCAGCUACAGAGAGAAGAAGGCAGAGCCUGUGGAGCUGCUUCAACUGGACGGCUACACUGUAGACUACACCGACCCUCAGCCAGGUCUUGACGGUGGGAGGACCUUCUUCAAUGCAGUAAAGGAAGGUGACACUGUGAUCUUUGCCAGUGAUGACGAGCAGGACCGCAUCCUGUGGGUCCAGGCUAUGUACCGGGCCACGGGCCAGUCCCACAAGCCAAUCCCCCCCACCCAGGUCCAGAAACUCAACAACAGAGCAGGCUCCGCACCUCAGCUAGACGCACCCAUCUCCCAGUUCUACGCGGACCGGGCGCAGAAACAUGGCAUGGAUGAGUUCAUCUCAGCCAACCCCUGCAGCUUUGACCACUCCUCUCUGUUUGAGAUGGUGCAGCGCCUCACCCUGGACCACAGACUCAAUGACUCCUACUCCUGUUUGGGUUGGUUCAGUCCAGGCCAGGUGUUUGUCAUGGAUGAGUACUGUGCUCGUAAUGGUGUGCGGGGGUGUCACAGACACCUGUGUUACCUGGGUGACCUGCUGGAGAGAGCAGAGAACGGGGCUAUGAUUGACCCCACCCUGCUGCACUACAGCUUUGCCUUCUGUGCCUCACACGUCCAUGGCAACAGGCCUGACGGGAUAGGGACGGUGACUGUGGAGGAGAAGGAACGCUUUGAGGAUAUCAAAGAGAGGCUGCGUGUUCUGCUGGAGAACCAGAGCACACACUUCAGGUACUGUUUUCCAUUUGGUCGACCGGAGGGGGCCCUGAAAGCCACUUUGUCCCUGCUUGAGAGGGUGCUGAUGAAGGAUAUUGUGACUCCUGUGCCCCAGGAGGAGGUGAAGACAGUCAUCCGUAAAUGUCUGGAGCAGGCAGCCUUGAUCAACUACCAGCGCCUCUCAGAAUACGCCAAAGUAGAAGCGGAGAAAACUCAGAAAGAUAAGAAAGAUCAUCAGGAUCAGGAUCCAGAGAAUGUAGGGCGCUUAGUCACCCCAGCCAAAAAGCUGGAGGACACCAUCCGCCUGGCCGAAUUGGUCAUCGAGGUUCUCCAACAGAAUGAGGAGCAUCAUGCAGAGGCGUUUGCGUGGUGGUCUGACCUGAUGGUGGAGCACGCGGAGACCUUCCUGUCUCUGUAUGCGGUGGACAUGGACGCUGCUCUGGAGGUGCAGCCCCCUGACAGCUGGGACAGCUUCCCUCUCUUCCAGCUCCUCAACGACUUCCUGAGGACCGACUAUAACCUGUGCAACGGGCAGUUCCAUAGACACCUGCAGGACCUGUAUGCCCCCCUUGUGGUGCGAUAUGUGGACCUCAUGGAGUCAUCUAUCGCCCAGUCCAUCCACAGGGGCUUCGAGAGGGAGUCCUGGGAGCCUGUCAAGAGCCUAACAAGUAAUCUUCCUGAUUUGAGUCUACCAAAUGUCAAGCUCCAAAUGCCCAAAGUACCAAAUCUACCACCAGUUAGCCUUCUAACAAUGCCUAGCUUUUCUACACCCAACUGGAUGGCAGCUACAUGUGACUCAGAUAAUGGCUCGGGGACAUCCGAGGAUCUGUUCUGGAAGCUGGAUGCACUGCAGACCUUCAUCAGAGACCUGCACUGGCCUGAGGAGGAGUUUGGCAAACACCUGGAGAGCAGGCUCAAACUCAUGUCCAGCGACAUGAUUGAGUCCUGCGUCAAACGAACGAGGGUGGCCUUUGAGGCCAAGCUCCAGAAGAGCAGUCGGACCACAGACCUCCGCGUGCCUCAGUCCAUCUGCACCAUGUUCAACGUGAUGGUGGAUGCCAAGGCCCAGUCAGCCAAGCUGUGUGCCAUGGAGCUGGGACAGGAGUUUGUUAGAGAUUGGAGACAGUACCAUUCCCAAAUCGACGCUCUCAUAGAGGAGACUGUGAAGGAGAUGAUCACCUUACUGGUAGCAAAGUUUGUGGUCAUUCUAGAGAGUGUCCUAGCCAAACUGUCCAGAUACGACGAGGGCACUCUCUUCUCCUCCUUCCUCUCUUUCACAGUGAAAGCUGCAUCAAAGUAUGUGGAUGUACCUAAGCCUGGGAUGGACAUUGCAGACGGUUACGUGACCUUUGUGCGCCAUUCUCAGGACAUGCUGCGGGAUAAGGUCAAUGAGGAGGUGUAUGUAGAAAGGUUAUUUGCCCAAUGGUACACCAGCACCAUGAACCUCUUGGGUAUGUGGCUGACUGACCGGAUGGACCUACAGCUCCAUGUCUACCAACUCAAGAUCCUAAUCAGAGUAGUCAAGAAAAAGUACCGUGACUUCCGGCUGCAGGGCGUCCUGGACUCCACGCUGAACAGUAAGAUGUAUGACACGGUGCGGAACAGACUGACCCUGGAGGAGGCCACGGCGUCGGUGAGGGAAGGAGGGAUGUCGGGCAUAUCCAUGAAGGACAGUGAUGAAGACGACGAUGAUGACUAGAUCAACAUCACCGGAUGGAGCCUGCGAAUCAAUGCAUGUACCAACUUUGUUAACCACUGGACCAAUCUUAUAGGGUUAUUAUUUUCCUCUGUCAGAUAGAUAGAAAUACCCACAAAGGAACAACAAUACAAAUUAGUAACCAAAUACAUAAAUUAUAAUGAUAUUAGUUAUUAUAAUUAUAAAAUAUAUAUAUUUAUGUGUUGAACUAAAAAAGUAUAGGUGUUUUACAAAAAAAAGUUAACAUUUGCCUAGCAUUCACUCUUGAAUGUUCCUAAGCAAUAUGGAGAGCCAUGUAUGCGAUGUUGAGUACCAUGAUUAGGGAUAAUGCUUGGUGUGUACCUGUUGAAUCCAAACCUGUUGAGGCGCGAAUACAGUAUACAGUAAUGGUACAUCAUUGUGAGGAGGAGAGUAACAUCACCUAUUGUUCUCAUUCAUCUCAGAGCGUAUGUCUACUGCCUAAAGGGAACCAAACUACAGACAGCCAGGCAACCUGUUUGUAUCUAGAUUACAAUAUAUUAUAAAAAGUAGCUAUCCAUUCUCUCUCGUCUCUUAACAUCAAUGUAGAAUUUACUUUGUUGACUCAAUUCAAUACUCAAUACUACAACAUUUUCCCUCACUGGCAAAACAUUUAGCCACUUUAUUUUUAAUUUUAGAAAUGUUUUAGAAAUGCAAUAUUUUCAUUGUUUCAUUGUUAUAUCUUGUUGAUGUAUUUAUUGAUCAUUUAUGUUUUUUAAAACAUACAUUUAAAAAAAAUGUCAUAUUUGAGUUAUAAUAGCAAUUAUAGCACAAAGAUAUUCAAUCACAAAGGGAAAAGAGACUUUCUUCUGUGUCCCGUAUACUUCCGCCAUUCCAGGUGAUUAUGUGUGUCCACACUUUUAUAUCUUUAUUGUGUCUGCCAGUAUUUCCUCUGCCGCUGAUGUUGUUUUGUAUAUACACAUACUGUACAUUGCCCUGCGUGUAGUUAAUGAAUGUCCCAGGUAUCCUCUUCUCUCCAGAAGUGUGUUUGUUCUCAGUGUAAAGUUACUGAAUGUCCCAGGUAUCCUCUUCUCUCCAGAAGUGUGUUUGUUCUCAGUGUAAAGUUCCUGAAUGUCCCAGGUAUCCUCUUCUCUCCAGAAGUGUGUUUGUUCUCAGUGUGCAGUUACUGAAUGUCCCAGGUAUCCUCUUCUCUCCAGAAGUGUGUUUGUUCUCAGUGUGCAGUUACUGGUGGAGUAAUUUUGCUUCUGCCUUAUGGGAGCCUAUAGAACUGGGGCCCACAAAGUGAAAAUAAAAGUAUCUGUACA